AUGAGUGCCGUCGCUCAGUUCGUCGAAAUCCUUCAAGGUUCAUCUGCUCUUGAAGAAGUCGGCCAGAAAAUCCAUUGUGAGCUGGAGGCUCAGAGGGGCCUCACUGCUCCAAAGACCUUUACAAAGCAAGUCCAGAAUGUCAUCUUCCACGAAACACCGGUGGCCCACGAAGAUGGCAAUCGGCAUCUUUACUUCUUGUAUCACCCCGACAUCGAUUGGCGUGGAUACUUCUUAGACAUCGUCUCCCGAAAGCCGCUGUCCCCAAAAUCUCCUCGGUGUCUCGGAAAGCCUUGA